AUUGCAGAUGAACCAUGUAUUAAAUACUAGAAUUUGUCUUGACCUGUCUAAACUGUGAAAAAGAUUCAUCGUCGAAACAAAUAGACUAUGUACACACUCACAUUUCGCUAAAAUGGUAGGUUCUAAAAGAGGAAGCAGCAUUCAAUUUAAUCAAAGCUGAGAUAUACAAUAACUAAUUUUUAGUGGUCCUCGUAAAUGUUCACUCUAUAUGUUUUUUGUAUCCAGUUUGGAUGGUUGUGAAUUAACAAAGAAGCCUGGAUGCUGGAAAAUAAGACAUGGCGCGGAAUAGACCACAUAAUAUGAAGAGAGCAUAUUUGCUCUAUCUGGGUCUCAUAAUAUAUCACUCCAAAUCAAUCCAAUCAGCUCCUCUCUCCUCCUACUUGGUAUCUUCAUUUACACCUCCUGAUUCUGACUUCAACCUACCAUUCAACCACAUUGCCAUCAACAACAUCACUGGAGAUAUCUAUAUAGGAGCACGAGAGAGGCUCUACCAACUCGACUCCGACCUGAACCUCAAACAGACCGUGGAUACUGGAAAGUGUUCCGGUGACAAUAGUAAUGACAACAAACUUUUAGUGGUGGUGAUAACACCUCAGAACUAUAUGCUGAUUACUUGUGGAGGCUGUGGUGAUAAUUGUCGGACAAGGAAUUUGGAUAAUGUAUCGGUUACGGGGGAUUUAUAUAAUUCUCGGGAAGUAGUGGCAGCAGGAGACCUACCAACUGUGGGAAUCGUUGCUCUUGGUGCGGACUAUGAAACAGAUGGAAUUACUAAACGUGGUGAAUCUUUUUACUUAUUCGUUGCAAGAAGUGGUGGGGAAGCUGCUUUUGGAUUCAGUUUCAUUUCAAAGUACAGUCUUGCAGACCUUCAAUUACGACAAUACAUAGCAGCGAAUAUCCUUACUGACGCUUCAACACGGUUUAAACAUAUAAUAUCUUACAAGGAUUAUCUGUACUACUUCAUAUCAAGAGGCGAGAAAACUUAUUUAGGACGCAUUUGUCGUGAUUCACCCGACCAAGACUUUGCAUCGUACACGGAGAUAGAGCUAAAGUGUGGACGUAGUGGAUCUCAGAAUAUUGUUCAAUCAGCUUACAUUGGACCAGCAGGAUCCCAGUUAGCUGAAUCGAUGAACAUCAACGCCACGGAUGACGUAUUGUACGCGGUAUUUUCAUCUACACCUUCGUCUCCUCUUUGUGUCUAUAAGAUGAUCGAUGUCCAGCAGAGCUUCGAGGAUGCUAUCUUGGGUUGCAUUCUAGGAAAGGGCACUGGCACUGAGAACAGCUUCCUAUAUGAAAGUCAAUGUAAUAAGUAUCCUGCCACACCCCCGGAUUCGUAUCAGUGUAGAGGUAUAUUUGAAGACGGGUUUGUACUGUUCAAGUAUGUCAGUGCAACGAAUCCCCUUUCUGCCUCACCCACCACUACUAUCCCUAAUGUGACUUCAACCUCAAUUGUGACCAUCAUAGAAAGACAUCACACGGUGGCGUUCAUAGGAGAUACAGAAGGAAGCUUACAUAAGAUUAACAUAGUGAAUAGUUCGUUCGGGUACGUGUAUGAAGAUGUCUCUUUUGGAGGUGGAUCUGUCUUACAAGAGAUGUUCCUUGAUGAAUCAAUAGAGCAACUUACACUUGCUACAAGUUCAGACCGAGACUCGACUCAGAAUCGGGUUGUUACAAUCGAUGUAGUCAACUGUGGACAGUAUCAGACCUGCGAGGAGUGCAUUGGGGAGGAUGGUGGAAAUGAUGGAGAUCCUUACUGUGGAUGGUGUACUCUUGAUGCAAGGUGUACCCGAUACGAGGAAUGUCCUUCCCCUGAUGAAUCUACCCGUUGGUUGUAUUACAAUGCCAUCCAAUGUGUAUCCGUCUCAGAUGUUCAGCCUGAUCACAUACUAUCUUAUCAAAAUACAGAACAAGAGAUCACCAUUACUGUACAGCAGCUUCCAACCCUCAAAGACAACGAACAAUACCAGUGUGCCUUCGACUCUUUCCUGGUCAAUGCUGUUACAACGUCCGACACAGUAGUUUGCACAACUCCUCCUGUGGACGAAUUGCCUACAAUUCCUGAAGAAGAUGACCAUAAGAUUUUGACCCUUUCCAUUUUAUCAACGGAGACCACAGUUUACUUCAUAAGCACGGAUUUUAUCUUGUUUGACUGCACCCAUCAUAAAUCUUGUUCGUCUUGUGUCACAAGUGCAUGGCCAUGUGACUGGUGUGUUUAUGACAACAUGUGUACGCAUGAGAGCAGCUCAUGCCAGGACGGUGAAACAGUGGUGAUUGGAGAAAAUAAUCCCAUAGGUUCUGGAGACAAAGGACAGAUUUACUGUCCUCAGCUGGUUGGUACAUCAGAAACCUUCUUCAUACCAGUGAAUAUUCCUUCAAGUUUCUCACUUGUGGCGAGAAAUAUUCCUACAGAUCAAACAAAGAUCCAGUCAUUCGAUUGCAUUCUUCUUAUUGAUGGAGAUGAGACACGAGUAGAAACUGCAUUCGUCAAUGAAAGUUAUGUUCUGUGUGGGGCUAAAGAGUACAUGUAUGCUGACGACAUCCUUCAAAACAAUGUGAGCGUCUCCGUUCAAUGGAAUGACCAACACUAUAUAGAUGACCCUAAUGAUGCAUAUGUGACUCUGUACAAGUGUUCAGCCAACGAUGGAAGCUGCAGCCGGUGUCUAUCUCCGGAAGCAACACCUUCGUUUCUAAAAUGCGGUUGGUGUGGGAACGACUGUAAUGUCAUUGAGAGUGAUGUUUGUCAGAGCAAUCGAUUUGUCAAUCAGAAUGAGACCAAUCUUUGUUCAGCACCAGUAAUAACUGAAUUUUAUCCCAUAUCAGGUCCAGUUAAUGGCAUUACAAGAUUGGAAAUCAUCGGAACCGACCUAGGAGUGGCAUUUAAUGAUGUACUAAAUGUUAUAAUAGGAGACUUGGUGUGUAGCCUGACUGACAUGGAUUCCUACUAUCAACCAGGGCAGAGUGUAAGUUGCCUAAUUGGGUUAUCUUCCGAGGUAACAUCAGGACAAAUCGCGAUUAAGAUAUGGUCUGGUGAAGAGACUAGGACCGGAAACAGUAAAGAACAUUUCCACUAUAGGAAUCCCGUGAUCUCGGGGUUUAGCCCUACUGAGGGACAGGCAGCGGGAGGAACUCGAAUCACAAUUACAGGAAUGUACCUCAACACAGGAAGAAUCAUCGAAGCUAGAUUUGGAGAAGCACAUUGCAAUGAUUUGACCGUUCGUGAUAUGACAGCGACCUGCAUUACAAGCAGUAAAACAAUUAAUGAAGAGACUUCAUUGACAUUCAUCAUGUCGUUUGAUGGAGUGGAAAGAAUGUUUAGAGAAUACAGCUUCACUUACAAGUUAAACCCAGUAAUUAUUGAUAUUGACAGAUCCGAAGCAAUCAUGUCAGGAGGUCUUAAUAUUGAAAUAACAGGGGAACGGUUUGAUUUGGUCCAAAUCCCCAGGAUCAUUGUUACGUCACCAACAACUAGCGCAUUUGAGCUUUGCAACGGAACAGACACUCUGCUGAUAUGCCCAUCGCCAAAAUUUCCUGGCGAUGUCGCCUCUACCGUGAGGAAAAGAGCACCUGACGUAAUCACGUUUGUCGCAAAUCUGACAUUUGACUUCGAUGGUUACAUUAUCAAUGGCGGCUUGAUUGAAUACUACCCAGACCCAAUUUAUGAAAGCUUCGGUGUACCAAACAGACUCUAUGAAAGCAGUAACGGACGGCUCGAAAUAACAGGAUUUAAUUUAGAUCUGGCAAGUAGAAAAGAUGAUAUUCAUAUUAUACUUGGACCAAGCAGUGUAUGUGAUGUGGAUUAUCUUAAAACCGAUGCUGUUGGAUGCCAACUACCCGAAGAGAGACCCCUCGCAGGUGAUGAGAAUGGAACACGCAGUGAAGGAACCACGGGGAACUUACCAGCAGUGACGGUAUUACAUGGAAACCUGAAGUUCUAUCCGGGAUUUGUUUCAGCGUGGCCUACAGAAGGAAACACGUUGAUAGCUACCGUAAUACCCACUGUUAUUGUAUUGCUCAUCUUCAUCACCAUACCUACAAUUAUUAUAGCCGUGUGGUAUAGGAAGAAACGACUUCAAGUGAAACGCGCCAAGGAAGAAGUAGCUAUGGUUCGAAUGAACAUUCUGAAACGAGUUCGCGAAGUCUCUAGUACAAGUUUAGAUAUGACGGAUGCUGAUAACAGAGUUCAGUCUCAAGGAGUUCCUUUUGUGGGAAAUGUCCAGUAUGUGACACUGAUGAUGUUUGCCGGGCUAGGUGUUCACCCAGAAACAUCAGAUCCAGAGUAUAUGGAAGACUUUAUGGAGCAUUCAGUUAUUGUAUUCUACAGAAUGCUAAAAAAGAAGGAAAAAAUGAUAGAGUUCGUCAGGCAAUUGGAAACGAAGAAAACUGGACAAGGUCGAGAAAGGGAAUUAAUUGCAUCCCUGUUGGCAAUCACGUUCGUCAGUGAAUGGAAUUCAAUUGUCUUUACAGAAGUGAUGACCGCUCUUGUUGAAGAUGAUAUCAUGGGGGCAUCAGAAUCCAGAAGACCACUGGACAAACUAUUCACAAAAACUGAAUCUAUCACCGAGAAACUGAUCAGCAAUUGGUUUUCAAUCUGCAUGUUCGAGUACGUAAAGGUAUAUGGACUCUAUUCAUUAUUCAUGCUGUACCAAGCAAUAAAGGCUCAAGCCGAGAAAGGUCCUAUAGAUGCUGUGACAGGGGCUGCGUACUACACGCUGGAGACUGAUAAACUCAUAGAAGAAGAGAUCGACUUUAAUUCUCUUAACAUCGAUGUUGUUGAUGAAGACGACCAUGCCUAUGUUGGAGUAAACGUGUUGGAUGUUGAUACCGUGAAGCAGGCCAAACAGAAGAUCCUAGAUUGCCUUUGGAUGAAGAGUUUCUGCCUGCUACCGAGGGAUGUUGAUGCAGUUGAUCUCGUUUGGAUCGAAUCCCCUGAAAGAUACAUUUUGCUUCAGGAUGUGGACGACAUGUCUGAGACACAGAGCAAGGUCACGUUCAAUACACUGAAGAGCUAUGGGAUUAGGAACGGAUCUCGUGUUGCACUGGUAGGAAAUAACCAGCUACCGAAAGCACCUGUCAAUGGCUACCAAGCUCUUGAUGUCAAAGAAUUAUCUUCGAACCCAUAUGAAUCCUUGAUACCUGUAUCAGAUGAGACGAAUCGUACAUCAGGACCAUCUCUACAGACUUUGAAUGCUGUCCAUUUGAAGAUUGAUGCUGAAGUGCAAACAAGGAAAGCAGUCAACCUGCCUGAUAACAUUAAAAGAAAGAGAGCAGAGCUUGAUCGGAAUCUUGCUAUCCCACAUAUGCUUAAAAUGAAAGCAUCAAUAGGUCCAUACGUAGAUGGAGUCUUUGAGGUUAUGUUCAAGAAACCAUCCCGGAUCCCUCUACCUGUGAAGCAUCUCUUUGACACGUUUGAUGACCUUGCCGUCAAGUACACCGAUGGGAAAUCGUCCAAGGAAUGCGCGCAGAAUUGGAAGAUGAAUUGCUUGUCUCGCUUCUGGUGUCAAAUACUUACCAACCUACCAUCUUUGUUUGAUAUGCCAAGAUCAGAAACGGCUGAUCGAUGUGUCAUCGCUGUUGCUGAAGCCAUUACGGAUGCAGCUAGGACCACCACGCUGUCACAGAGCGAAUCAAAUCAUCUACCCUACUCCAAUGAAUAUCCGCUACAGCGACAAAUGAUGUCUGACUACUGCUCCCUGAUAUCAAGCCAACCAAAGGUCAAGUCAAGACUCAAGUUAACAAGAGACUGUUCCUCCAUCACAAAGGAGUUCAAAGGUCAUUUCAGUCAUCUUUCGAAUUUGCUGCACCUUUACAACCUCACCAAGGAUGACGUAGAGGGCCUCUUGAAAUAAAGUGCGUGGAAAAACCUUAAUGCCACCCUUGAAGUAAUAUCAUUUCAUAAAAGGCGCCAAUUAAAUUAACAUCCGUGAUCGGCGCCAGUAUGUGGAUGUUGGUAAUGGGAGAAACUUAAGAAUGCCUCCGUUGCGAAAUAGGUGUAUUAUAACUAGGACGACCCAAUCAUGGGCGAAAAUCCCAGGGGGACGCGUCCCCCUACCCAAAAUAGUAGGGGGGACAUAAUAUCAAAUGUCCCCCCUAAUAUUUUGGUCUUUUAUGAUGGAGCAAAAUACAUAACUUCACUAUCGAAAUAAUACACGUACUUUGGACUAAAUUACUAAAUUUUUUUUUUGCUUGUCAAACUUUCCAGGCCUGGUCCCCCUACCUUUGGGGACAGAUUUCCGCCCAUGGACCCAACCAUACCUUAUGUAUUUUCCAUGUUCAAGCUUUCCGUGGUCUUAGUUACCAAAAUUUUAAUUCAGUACUUGACAAAUAAAAUAACCCUUAUAAGCCAUACGAUUUAAAUUAAUACAUACCGUUAACAACAAGUGUGUAUUCUUCCAGUUUCUGCCUCGGGAUUAACAAUGAAAUUCAUUUUUUCUCUCUACUAAAGUCAUCAAACAUCUAAGUAUUGGGAACUUCUCCAUGGCAUGAAAUUAUUUCGGAAUAGGGGGUAGCUUAAAGGAUUACAAGAUACACGAUUGGUUUUGUUUAUUUAUUGUUAAAUGUCUAGUGCCGAGCGAGACAUUUGAUAAUAUUCAUUCAUGCCAUUUGUUGUUUGACCAGGGUAGAUUGUGUUUGUGGAUUCUCAUAAAAUUUGCAGACUAUUCACUUGCAUAAACAGUUACUUAUUCAAUAGUACAGUAAAUACGAUAUAUCACAUUCCAUACCAAUGAAAACCAUGGAAAUAAAGAAAAUGUACUUUGAUAGCGUGAUAUUGCACAAUACAUAAUGCAAAACGUAUAUUCCAUCAAUCCUGUAUCUAACAUCCGAUCUGUGUACAUACUUUUUAAUCUGUAUUAUAUAGAUAUGUUUAUUCAACUUGAUUCUGACGAUUAAUCAAACUUGAACCUAGAUCCAUAACGCCUUAAAUAGAGUGCAUGUAUAUUUUAUACAUCAUUUGUAAAUCCCAAAUGGAUCAAAUUCUUCAAAUUAAGGUUUUCGUACCAGUUAACACUAUAAUCGUUUCUAUCAUUAACUAUUGAAUUUGAUGGUGAAAAAAACUUGGUGUAUCAUAACAUGUUUUAUAUAGAAAAAUUCUAUUUUUGAUAUGUAUUGGUGUAACUACAUGUAUCCUGUAGCGUUCUCUCUUUCUUACAGAUUAAAAUAUGAAAAUGAGUAGUAUUAGAAACAAGGAGUAAUUACAUGGUGAAUGUAAUUUAAUACUAUAAUAUUCCAGGAUCUAAGAUCUGUAUAUUAAGUUGUAGAUGUCCGUAAUGGUGUAUGUUCGAGUCAAUGUGUUAUAUUAUGCAGGUCUUAAAAUGAUCAUAUAGCGUUCUCUCUUUUAACGGAUGAGAAAAUGAAAAUGGGGAGUAUUGCUAACGCAGAGUGAUAACAUGGUAAGGUGAACAUGAGUCAAUACUUUAAUAAAUCAGAAUUUAAGAUUUGUAUAUUUUUAUUGUAAAUAUCCUUCAUGAUGUAUGUUCGAGUCAAUGAAUUAUAUUAUGCAUGUCUUAAGAUAAAUGUGUCUAUAUGAUUAAUCGUUAUUUUAACACAAUCACAAAAAUUUACCUGUUUUUGGUAAGGCUUUAUCGUAGCUUGCGUUAUGCAUGUAGCUGAUGCAGCACGAUGGAGUGUAUAUAUUAUAACAAACCUUAUCAUGCUUAUAUCUUCGCAUGGAUUGUGGUCUAGCCACCCCUUGUCUAACUUAGAUUAUCUUAAACACAUUAUCAAAACGUGGAUUUUUUUUUUAACAGAUAAGAGUCUAUUAUGGCCAAUGAAACAGGAUCUAUAUGACUUUAAAUUUAUAUCUGGAUAUUGUACGGAACUGAACUCAACAUGGUAGAUAAAGAAAAAAAAAGGUUUCCCAGAAACAAUCAUUGUUUAACAAAGAAUAAUUAUCGUUUAUAUUUUAAGAGACAUACUUUUACCAUUUUCAUUUAGUGCACAAUUACAUUGAGCAACCUCAUUACCAACGUGGUGAUUAUUAAAAAGGCAAUGAUUUGAAUAUAAUUUGUAUGGU